UAUUUAUUUUCUUUCUUUAAUUGAAUUGAAUAAUGAACCGGAACAGAAGGGAAUCCGAACCAAACACGAACCAUGCAUUAAUUGAAUGGCAUGGUUUUAUAGUUGGCGGUAUGGCUUAGAACCUUUAUAUUUUGUGAAAUGGGAAUGGAAAAUGGAAGAAAGAGUGAAAGAAAGGUGACACAGUCACACACAAAAAACACACUCACACACUCUCUCUCUCUCUCACACACACACACACACUUCACAACGCAAAACGAAACAAGGCAAGGACAUUGCUAUGCUAAGCUAUGCCAUCUAUGUACUGAUAAAAUUUACUGAGUGAGAAGUGUGUGUGUGAGUGACUUAAAUGGAUCUGAGUGGGCAGUGUGUAGUAGUGGUUCAGCUCUUUAUAGCCUGCCACAACAACUGUACCUCACUCCCUUUCCUUUCUCUUCUUCUUCGUCUUCUCUACUGAACCAGAACAAAACAGAAAAAACAAAAAAAAACCUAAAAUAAAGAAAAGAACGUUUCUUUUGCUAUUCGGACCCGAAACGUUUCGUUUCUCUUCCGAUCAGUUCCAGCGUUUCUUUUUCUCCGAUCUCAAUCGACGAAACUCCGAGUCUACUCAUUCGACGAAUCGGGGAUUCUUCUUCUUCUUCUCUGGUUUCGUUGCUUCACUGGUUCUUGCUCUCGAUCAUGCGUUGGUGCUUUUCUUCUAAUUUGUGAGAACGAUGAAUCCUUUGUGCUGCAUUGCUCCGGUUUCGAUCGAUCGGGACAGGGCGAAUCCCGUAGCGACGAAAUCGCCAACUCACUGCCAGCUAGGGCUCGAUGCGUCGGUCAGGACGGUGAACGGCGGCUCCAAAUCGAGCUCCUCUGCGCCGGAUUCCUCUCAUGGCGGUGGCGAUUCUCUGAAGUCGUCUUCCGGCGGGAACCGCGGCGAAGAGGAGGAUUUGUCAACGACGACGGCGGAGCCCCGGGAGUCGAAGGUGUUCGGUGGCGGGAACGGAGUGGCCGGAAGCGUGGCCGGAAUCUUGUACAAGUGGGUGAACUACGGGAAAGGGUGGAGGUCGAGGUGGUUCGUGCUGGAGGAUGGAGUGCUUUCGUACUACAAGAUUCAUGGUCCGGAUAAGAUCGUGGUGAGCCCAGCGAGGGACCGGAGCGUGAGAGUGAUCGGCGAGGAGUCAUCGAAGUUCGUGAAGAAGAACAAUUGGAGCCUGAAUCGAGUAGCAGGAGUUAGUGGUGGCAACUCUACUAAGCAAUGCAAGCCCUUCGGUGAGAUACACUUGAAGGUUUCUUCGGUUCGGGCUAGCAAAUCUGAUGAUAAGCGGCUAUCCAUAUUUACCGGGACAAAAACUCUACACUUGAGGUGUGUAUCUAGAGAAGACAGAGCUAUGUGGAUUGAGGCCCUGCAGUCCACGAAAGAUCUUUUUCCUAGAGCUCUAACAAGUAGUGAUCUUGCAACUCCAGAAGAUAUUGUAGUUUCAACUGAGAAGCUGCGAUCUCGAUUGUCAGAGGAAGGCAUAAGUGAGGCAGUUAUUAAUGACUGCGAGUCUAUUAUGCUCUCCGAAGUCUCUUAUCUUCAAGGCAAAUUGAAGUUUCUUCAGCAGAAACAUAUAAUGUUGCUGGACACCUUAAAACAACUAGAGACAGAGAAAAUAGAGUUGGAAACUACUGUAGUGGAUGAAACAAAGGAGCGUGAAUCAUAUUGUGGACAAGGGAACAGAAGAUUUAGUGAUUUCUAUUCUGUCAUGUCGGAGGGCAGUGCUACUGAUUCAGUAGCGGAUAAUGAAAGUCAAGACGGAGCAGAUGUUGAAACUGAUGAUGAUGAUGGUGCAUUUUUUGACACAAAUGAGUUUUUGUGUUCAGAUGCCUUAAGAAGUGCUUCUUAUCGAAGUAGGGAGGGUAUGACAAAUGCAAGCAUACAUGAUAGAGAUUGUUUACUUUCUGACGGUUUGCAUGGGUUUGGGAAGGGAAUCAAAGAUGUAAGCUAUCCAUAUGUCAGAAGAAGGGAUAACUUACCAGAGCCAAAAGAAAAAGAGAGGCCUGUUGGUUUGUGGUCAAUUAUUAAAGACAAUAUUGGGAAGGAUCUUUCAGGAGUUUGUCUCCCUGUGUAUUUUAAUGAACCGCUCUCUUCAUUGCAAAAGUGUUUUGAAGAUUUGGAGUAUUCAUAUCUAGUUGAUAGAGCAUUGGAAUGGGGAAAGCAGGAGAAUGAUUUGAUGAGAAUCCUAAAUGUUGCAGCUUUUGCUGUGUCCGGCUAUGCAUCCACUGAAGGUCGGCAGUGCAAACCUUUCAAUCCUCUACUUGGGGAGACAUAUGAAGCUGACUAUCCAGAUAAAGGUCUCAGAUUCUUCUCUGAAAAGGUUAGUCAUCAUCCCAUGGUUGUUGCUUGUCACUGUGAGGGAAGAGGAUGGAAGUUCUGGGCGGACUCUAACUUGAAAGGGAAAUUCUGGGGGCGUUCUAUUCAGUUAGAUCCUGUGGGUGUCCUCACCCUACAGUUUGAGGAUGGUGAAACAUUUCAAUGGAGCAAGGUCACCACUUCAAUUUACAAUAUCAUACUAGGUAAAAUUUAUUGUGAUCACUAUGGUACAAUGCGCAUCAAGGGCAGUGGCAACUACUCUUGCAAACUGAAGUUCAAAGAGCAAUCUAUCAUAGAUCGAAACCCACACCAGGUCCAUGGAUUUGUUCAAGACAACAGAACCGGAGAGAAGGUAGCAAUGUUGAUUGGGAAAUGGGACGAAGCAAUGUACUAUGUCCUUGGGGACCCAACUACAAAGCCAAAAGGUUAUGAUCCAAUGACAGAAGCUGCAUUAUUGUGGGAAAGGGACAACUGCAGCACCAAGACAAGAUACAACCUCUCUCCUUUUGCAAUAUCAUUGAAUGAAAUAAUGCCCGGCAUGAUAGAGAAGUUACCUCCCACUGACUCGAGGUUGAGACCCGAUCAAAGACAUUUAGAAAAUGGAGAAUAUGAGUUGGCGAAUGCAGAGAAAUUAAGACUAGAACAGUUGCAGAGACAGGCAAGAAAGAUGCAGGAAAGAGGAUGGCAGCCUAGAUGGUUUCAGAAGAAUGAGGAUGGGUCUUACCGAUACAAGGGUGGCUAUUGGGAAGCAAGAGAAAAGCAUAGUUGGGAUGGAAUCCCUGAUAUAUUUGGACAGAGUUGUGAUUUACCUUCAUGUUCUGAAGAUACUAUCAUUACUCUGUCCUAACUUCUGAUAUUGCUGCUUAGUAACGCUUUAUUUAUUCACAGCUGUCAAAUAUCUCUCACGUUUUGCUAAUUGUGUAUUUGGAUGUAGGUUGUAAGUUAUAAAAAACUUCCCAUCAGAAAAGUCUUAGCUUACUAAAAGUUCUUGUUGCUGGCAUUUUGGGGUACAAUCAACCUUUAAAAACAAGUUUUGCUGAUGCAUUCUGUUCCUUGUAACCAAAUUAUUAAUUUCUCACAUAGUAACCUGUCUCUACAUGAAUCGUUGCUUCUAGCAUUAGCUAAGAAGGAACGAAAAAGUUGCAUAAAC